AUGCCUAGCGUAUAUGACAACGGUCUUGAGAUCGGUUGUGGUAGCAUCCCUGACAGCAGCCCUUCACAGCCUGCCUUUAGCAGCCCCGCAUAUAAAGAGAUUAGCGACAGAAACGUGAAUCUAGAAGAUUUGCAAGAGCUUAUCAACUUGGGACAACAAGAAUGGGCAGGACUGAGAGUUGUUAUGACCGAAGAAGACCCUCCCGUUCCCAUGAUCGUAGCCACCAACAUUCACAACACUAGCCCUGUAGCUUGCUACUCCACAAAGCCGAACUGGCAGCAUACGAACUUGGUCUCUUAUCUAAAGAAAGCAUCGGAGUAG